CAAUGUCUAUGUCUUAUGAUUCAAAUUCAUGGUUGGAAGACGAUUAUGAACCGGUUAAGGUUGCCAAUGGACAAGAUAUAAAACCAGACACAAUAAUUGGUGGUAAUUUUAAAACUUUAGAAAAAUUAGGAUCAGGUUCAUUUGGUCAAAUUUUUCUUGGUCAAAACAUUGAUGGCCGUUCACCAAAAGUGGCGAUAAAAUUCGAGCCAAGCAAAGAUCGAGGAGCACAAUUGUCAAAUGAAUUGAAGAUAUAUAAACUUCUACAUGGCAAAGAUGAUCAAGUUAUAGGCUUUCCAAAAGUGUUUUGGUUUGGUCAAUGGUUUAGAUACAAUGUACUAGUUAUCGAACUUUUAGGAAAAAAUCUGGAUGAAGUAUUUCAAUCAUGCGGACAGAAUUUCACAAUCAAAACAAUUUUAUAUCUGGUUUUACAAUUAUUAAAUCGGUUUGAAUUUAUUCAUAGCAAAAAUAUUGCAUACAGAGAUGUAAAACCGGAAAAUUUCCUUCUAGGUUAUCCAGGAUUAGCCAAUCGUAAUAUUGUACAUGUUGUAGAUUUUGGUUUAUCUAAAGAAUUCAUCGAUCCCAAUACUGGUCAGCAUAUUCCAUUUCGGGAGGGAAAAAAUUUGACUGGUACGGCUCGAUAUAUGAGCAUCAAUGCACAUUUUGGUAUUGAACAAUCAAGACGUGAUGAUCUUGAAUCUUUGGGUCAUUUGUUCAUGUAUUUUCUGCGUAAAGGUAAAUUACCAUGGUCUGGUUUGAAAGCAUCCACUUUGAAAGAACGUUAUCGUAAAAUUGGCCAUAUAAAACAGACGACACCUCCGGAAAAUCUAUCCGAAGGUUAUCCACGAGAGUUUGCCAAUUUUUUGACAUAUACAAGAUCUUUACGAUUUGACCAACAACCCGAUUAUGAUGAAUGGAAAAAGAAUUUUGGGAAUCUAUUCCGGAAAUACAAUGAUGGUGUGAAAUAUGAAUGGGAAGGGAAAAUUGUUUAACUAUGAAAAAUGAUCAUCAAACAAAAAUAAAAUUAUUUAGAAAAUAAAUACAAAAAAUUAAAUGUGUUCAUGUUGAAUGAGUUAAGGCUUUUUGAAUU